UGUAUUAAAAACGUAUAAAUAGAAGGGUUUAAAUAUACCAUAAAAUGGAUUGUGUUUAUCUGUGGAUGGAUGACAGUGACGACGAUGCUCUACCAGAAAGAGUCCAACGGAAAUUGAUAAGAGACAAUUGCAACAUAUUGGCUCUUAAUGAAAAAAACUUUAUUAAAAAUUUUAGACUCAACAAAGAUGCCUUUCUGUAUGUCUUUAAUUCCAUUGAGGACCACUUAAGUUCUCCUCAAAGGUCCACAGCGAUUCCACCAUUGCUGAAAUUAGCCGCUACACUAAAAUUUUUAGGCCAAGGUGGAUACCAACAUCAAAUUGGCCAAGAUCGUCUCCUAGGAAUAUCACAACAGUCAAUUUCUAGUUGUAUUGCAGAAGUGUGUCAAGCGAUAGAAGAUAUUCUCUGUCCAAAACACAUCAUUUUUGAAAUGACAGAUGAAAGAAAACGGGAUGCCAAAUUACAUUUCUAUAAUAAGUGUGGAAUACCAGGCGUUAUAGGUGCAGUUGAUGGUACUCACAUACAAAUUAUUAAACCAACUAUUGAUGAACAUUUGUAUUUAGGAAGAAAAUUAAAGCACAGCAUUAAUGCAAUGGUUGUUUGUGAUCAUCAAAUGUAUAUAAGGGCUGUUAAUGGACGUUUUGGUGGUGCAAAUCAUGAUUCCCAUAUUUGGAGUUUAUGCAAUGAGAGGCAAUUUUUAAUAGAAAAGUAUCAAAAUGGUGAUACAGAAACAAGAAUUCUUGGCGAUUCAGGAUAUCCACUUGAGCCAUGGAUUUUAACACCAUACAGAAAUGUUUCUGAAAAUUCAACAGAGUCGGUAUUUAACGAACAACAUUCGAAAGGGAGAUCUAUCAUUGAAAGGACUUUCGGAAUUUUAAAAGGAAGAUUUCGUUGUUUAUUGGCAGCAAGAGAAUUACAUUAUACACCAGGGAAGGCUGUUCAAAUUCUUAAUGUAUGUUGCGCUUUGCAUAACAUAUGUUUGGAUUUUAAAGUGGACACUCCAAGUAUUGAAAGGGAUUAUGAAAAUGAAAGUGCUCAACCAAGCAAUAUAAGUCAUAAUGAAGACAAUCUAAAUUAUUCCAAUUUAGCUAAAAGUAUUAGAAAUACAAUAAGAAACAAUUUGCAACGAAACCAAUAAAAACAAGAUUUACGUAUAUACAUUCAUA